GCUUCAAUACCAAAACUAGCACCGUCUCAAUCUCCCUUUGUUUCAAACUUGUCGCAAGGCAAUGGCUGCCGUUGUCAAUCUCUCCAGCAUUGCACCGAGUCAGAGAAUGUGCUCCAAACCUAUGGCCGGACCGGCCAUUGGUUCCUUAACGAUCAAAAGGACAUGCAAGUUUGUUCGGCAGAACAGAGCUGACGCAAAGCCGCAUGGCAUCUAUGUCAAAAGGAAGGCAGAAAAAAACCUCUCCAACAUCAGCGGGCUCUUUCCUAUCAUGGCUGCAAGAACAAUUUCAACUUUUUCUUCGGGAUCGCUCUCCCCAUCCGACAUGAUCAAUGACUUCUACAAAUGCAUCAAUGAGAAAAACUUGAAGCAACUAGGUCACUACAUCUCAAGUGAGUGUUGCAUAGAGGAAUGCUCCUUUAGCACACCAUUACAAGGCAAAAAGGUAAUAAUGAACUUCUUUGAAGAGCUAACUGCAGCCAUGGGCAAUAAUAUAAAGUUCAGCAUACAACAUGUGUGCGAAGGAGGUGAUCAGCUUACAGCAGCAGCAAACUGGCACAUGGAAUGGAAAAACAAACAGAUCCCAUUCACCAGAGGCUGCAGCUUCUUUGAAUACUCAAAAGAAGGAGAAAAACUAAUUAUCAAGAAAGCACAGAUUGUUAUUGAAUCACCGAUCAAACCAGGACACCUAGUACUGAGUCUUUUGAAGGCAGUGACGUCUCUAUUUGAUGGUUUCCCAAGAGCUACUGAAUGGUUCCUAAAAAGUCCUCAUAUUGUUUUCCAAUGCAUAUGGAGGAUAUACAAAAUGAUGUUUGCACCAAUUAUAGAAGGCUACAUAGGGCUUUGGAACAUCGCAAUUCGAUUGCUCAGCUAUGUAUACAACAUUUUUCUUUACAUUUCAAACAUGUUUUUCAAGUAGAGAACUUGUUUUGCCCUACAGUCAAGCAAUUCCAUUAAGGAGAUCACUUGUCAGUCAUCAUCGUUGUUGCGACUCCACGAGGCUUCUAACAAUGAGAGAACAAGCAGCGGUCCAAUAACAGGUGGAAGGGGCGGAGGCCUACUGAAGACGACAAUUGGAUCAGUUUUCUCUUUUGUAACAAGCCCUGCUUCCCCAUAAUUGCUGUUCCCUUGUUUGUUUGAUGUCGAAGUGACCACAGUACCUAAUAACAGUAACUUAUAGUAGUCAGAUAAAGAAGUCCUCAAGUGUCAUACAAUACAAUGAUGACAUAAAUGGAACC